GAGCACCUCCAGGGAUGGGGCAUCCAUAACUCUGGGAAGCCUCUUCCAGUGUCUCACCACCCUCACUGUGAAGAAUUCAUAGUAUCCAAUAUAAACCUGCCCUCUUUCCAUUUGAAGGCUUUCUGCCUUGUCACUACGUGUCUUGUAAAAAGUCCCUCUCCAGCUUUCUUUUAGCCCUACCCCCCUUUAGGUAAUGGAAGGUGCUCUAAGGUCUCUCAGGAGCCUUCUCCAGGCUGAAGAAGCCUGACUCUUUCAGCCCAUGUUCAUUAGAAAGGUCCUCCAGCCCAGCUCUGAUUGUGUUUGUUAGCCCUCCUCUGGACUCAUUCCAAUAGGUCCACAUUUUUUUAUGUUGGGGGUCUCAGAGCUGGAUGCAGCACUGCAGGUAGGCUCUCCUGAGAGAGGAGUAGAGGGACAGAAUCACUUCCCUCAACCUGCUAGCCACACUUCUUUUGAUGCAGCCCAGGAUGUGAUUGGAUUUCUGGGCUGCAGGUGCACAUUGCCAGGUCAUGUUGAGCUUCUCAUCAACCAACACCCCCAAGUUGUUCUUCUCAGGGCUGUUCCUGAUCCAUUCUCUGCCCAGUCUGUGUUUAUGCUUGGGAUUGCCCCAACCCAGGUGCAGCCCAUUGCACUCGGUGGUGUUGAACUUCAUGAGGUUUGCACAGGCCCAUCUCAAGCCUGUCAAACAGAUCUCCUGUUUCCUUGCAGAUAGGACUCACAUUUUCCUUAGUCUUCCUUUUAUCAGUGAUGUACCUAAAGAAGCCUUUUUUGUUGCCUUUGAUGUCCCUGGCCAGAUUUAAUUCUCCCAGGGCAUGUUAGCUUUCCUAACAUGAUCCCUGGUUGCUCAGACAAUCUCUAUUCCUCCCAGGCUACAUGUUCUUGCUUCCACCCUCUUCAGGCUUCCUUUCUGUGUUUCAGUUUGUCCAGUCCUUGUUCCUCUGUACUGGUAUACCAUGGCCUCUGAAGGCUGUCCCUUUCCAUCCAGCAAAGGGUGGCAGAAAGACUGAAUCAGCUCUUGAAGUGCUACAGUGUCCCGGACAGGCAUGUUAAUAUAAUAAAGAACUUAAUAACCAAUGGCUGUUGUGACCUGGUGAUGACCUAAGCUGCUCUCACAUGGUCCAUGCAUCAGUACCCCAGUUUGCACAUAAUAGCUUGAUUUAGAUGGUGCACCAGUAUGGCUACACAGUUUCCAGUCGGUUUUUGGAGUGGGAAAAGGUUACUUAGGCCCUUCUGUAUGAGGACUAUGCCUUUCUCUCUCUCAUGUGAAAGGAAACUUGCUUAUUCUCCCUUUUCCUAGAGAAAACACUUUCACUGCAUUUAUAGUGUUUGCCCUUUCCUUUUGAACUCUGGUCAUUUAUGUUUAUGUUUUCAUUUCUGCUCCCCCAGUGUUGAGUCCUACCUUUUCUACGGACUUUCCCUGAAUGGCUCUAUUUCUCCAUUAUAUUCUGUUUCUGGCCUUAAAGUUAUUUGCCUGUGUUUACAGGGAGAGUAGAUAUGUAUGUAAAUGGAGUUGUCUUUGCCAUGAUAAUAUGAUCUUCAAAGGCUUGGACUACAGUCACUUUGCUGCAUUCUUUACAUAAAAUGUUUGUCUUGGUGAGUUGCUGCCAACAGAGUGCUGCAAGGGCCUAGUCCUGCUAAUUGCCUUCUGCUUCCACUGAACUGAUGGGGCUUGUAUGCAUAAAAAAUGAACUUUGAAAUUAGAGUUGCAUGGUCCUUAUACAGUUACGUUCAUGUUCUACCAUUUUGCCCUUUCUUUACUGAGGUAAUCUGGAAGUUAUCAUUGGCUCUUAACUUUUCAUGACCGUUUGGUGCGUGUUAAAAUACAGGAGUCCAUAGCAGCGGAGGAGGGUAGCUAGGUUCCAGUCCAACAGGGAAACAUUUAUGAAGGUAGUCCACAGGGAGUCCUGAGUAUUAGGCAUCACUACCUCUUAUUGUAUCUGAUUUUGUCUUUGCCGUCAAAGCUGGUCAGCGUGUGCUGUGCUGUGGGCUAACAAAAUACAAGCUGUUGUGGGAAAGAAGGCUGCACACCCCAGGCUUAGGGAGAGGUUUGCUGGGAGAGAGGAUAUGUAAAGUCAAGAGCAAAGCAGGAAGAGAGUGCAUCACACAUGUCAUCAGCUUGUACUGCAAGCCCCACCACAGCACAAAAUUCUCAGUGGAGUGGACGUACACAUCAAAAGAGAUCUGAAAAAUGAUAAAGAAGUGAACACACAGAUGAUUCUAUUGCAGCUUUCUCUAGCCCCUCAGUCUAAAACCUUUUCUGUGUUCUGAUUCUUUCCUGAUCUUGGGACUGUGGAAGAUGGAAAGGAACCUCCCACUACUGCCCUUAGCUCCUGUCCUGGUUUUCCAGUAAGAGGUCGCAUAUUCGGGGUUGCCCAGGCUGCUAGCCCACAGGUUGCUUGCUUAUAGCACAACCCCUCAAACCUUACCUGGAGAAACUGGGAGGAGGGAACAGUGGCAUGAGAUGGAUGGAGACAGAGGAUUCACAAGAUUUUUUUGUAGCUAUCAGAGCUACAGUCUUAAAAAUAUAGCAGCUUUUCAUCAGAGGGUAUUAAUUGGUAUAGUCACAAGUGGUACUCUAUAUUUGGCCUGAAAAUUAAGAGUGAAACCGUUUCUAUCUGUUGAAGUAUAAACUGCUGUGACUGAGGGGGGUGUUCUCAAAAUCCCACUUCCCAGAAUCAGCUGGCCCCAGUUUUUUGCUGCUCAAAUGCAUGUGGACUACUGUGGUUUAUCCAGGCCUCAAAUUAGUUUAGCUGUUUAAGGUAAAACCCAGAGUUGUGCAACUAUUUAGAAGCUAUAGUGAAAGAGCACUAAAGUCCUAUCAAAAGAUGUUUUAAAAAAAAAAACCCAAAAUUUUGUGAAGAUGCCUGCCAUGCAGAUAUGUAAAUUUAGCAUUUACAUUGUUGUGGGGUGUUCAGACAUGGCUCUGAAACAGUUGCAUGUUUUACUCAAGUCAAGAAUGCUGCAGCCAACUGGAAGAAUGGAGAGGAUUUCAGUAAGGGGAGAGUGUGUUAAUUAUCCACACAAGAUGUUCACAUUCAGUGCUGUGUUUCAUGUGUUUUCAUAUCCGCUGAAGCAAAGCAAGGAAAGUGUCGUGCUAGGGCAGUGUGCAUGCAUGGCUUAGAGCUGAAUAGAUGUAAAUGGUUAAAAAGGGGUUCUCUGCUAGAGAGGAGGAGGGGAAAGUAAGUGUGCAUUCCCAAAAAAGUACAUUCCCAAAAUAAAAAGCUUACAUCAUGGACCUCUUCAGUUUUCCCACACUUCUUCCCUAAUUAUUGUCCUGCAGGACAGCUGAUCUAUUUCAAACAGGAAGCUGUUUACAGAUAACACUUGCAACUGUUUUGUCUGAUUUGUUGAACUGUCGAAAAGCAAAAGACAACCUCUUUUCAAAUUAAAAACUGUCAGACUUCUGUAAACAGCAGCAAUGAGGUUCAUCUGUGCAGUGUCCCUGCAGGCACAGAGCAUUGUGCAGUUCCCAUUCUCUCAGCAGCCAUAAGGAGUCAGUGACCUGUAAGGGCUCAUUAUGAAGAGAGAUCUGGUUUUCUUGGUGACUCUAAUUAGCCUUGCCUUCCUGUCACUGCUAAGAUCUGGAUAUCCUCAACACAUUGCAGAGGAGUCCUGCUCUGUUCAGAUUCUUGUUCCAGGCCUCAAAGGGGAGGCUGGAGAAAAGGGGGAGAAAGGUGCUCCAGGUCGUCCAGGAAGAGUUGGGCCUCCAGGAGAAAAAGGAGAAAUGGGGGACAAAGGACAGAAAGGCAGCAUAGGACGGCAUGGAAAAAUUGGUCCUAUUGGUUCAAAAGGUGAAAAAGGAGAUAAUGGUGACAUAGGACCACCAGGUCCUAAUGGUGAUCCAGGCAUCCCUUGUGAGUGCAGUCAGCUAAGGAAGGCUAUUGGAGAAAUGGAUAUUCAAGUAGCCCAGCUGACGACAGAACUAAAAUUCAUAAAAAAUGCACUGCCCUCCCCCGCAGCUGUCGCCGGCGUGCGUGAGACAGAUAAUAAGAUCUAUCUGCUGGUGAAGGAGGAGAAGAGGUACAAGGAAGCCCAGCUGUACUGCCACGGAAGAGGAGGGACGCUGAGCAUGCCCAAGGAUGAGACUGCCAACAACCUGAUUGCCUCGUACAUCAACCAAGCUGGGCUCACCAGGGUCUUCAUUGGGAUUAACGACCUGGAGAAAGAGGGGAAUUUUGUCUAUUCUGACCGGUCACCCAUGCAGACCUUCAACAAAUGGCGCAGUGGGGAGCCCAACAAUGCUUACGACGAGGAGGACUGUGUGGAGAUGGUAGCAUCCGGAGGCUGGAAUGAUGUAGCUUGUCACAUUACCAUGUAUUUUGUAUGCGAAUUUGACAAAGAAAAUGUCUAAGCUACUCUGCUCUUUAUUUUAAGAAAAAUGUUUAAGACAAUUGUACAAGUUACUCCAUGUUUGUAGAGUACAAGUGGAAUUUUGCAAGCAUGCGGCAUCGGUGUUGUACAGCUGUAAAUACAGUUUAGGUAUUUCAAGUAUCAGUGUUUACCCUUCAGAAGGGAAGAGCAGUAAUAAGACAUAGCUUGGUUGGGGUUUUUUAAUGUAGGAAAAUAUAUCUAUUUAGAUAAAAAUGCGCUUUGGGGCUAAAUUUUGCCCUUACAACAGUUAACAAAUGUGAUUACAUGACUGUAAGGGAAGACAGAAUUUGGCCUCUUGUUGUUAGAAUGAUUAGAAUUAGAUUCCUGAUAUUCUUUUAGCUUAGUAAAAUUUGUAGUUAUAAAUGCUAAUUACUUGUAGUGCUACAGGGAUAUUUUGGCAACAAGAGAAAUAUUUUGCAUACUCCAGUUAAUAAGUACAAAUAUUACUGUAGGUUUUUUGAAUGUUACACCUUUUUUAAAAAAAAUACAAACAGGCCAAAGCAAACCAACAAAUCAGGAUGCCUACCAAUUUUGUAAUGUUUCUUUAUUAAACUGUUCACAGAUGUAUGAACAAAAAGCAUUAAAGUAAACUGAUUUUUAAUGGUGAGGGAGGCCAAAGUCGAGUGAAAGGUGUCCCUGCCCAUGGCAGGGGGUUGGAACUAAGUAAUCUUUAAGGUCUCUUCCGACCCAAACUACUCUAUGAUUCCAUGAUUCUAUGAUAGGAAAUUUCUCAUAUUUUAGUACAUAAAGAGAGUUUCCAUCCAGAUAGUGUUUUGGGGUUGGCUAGAAGUAAAAGUAAGAAUUCGAUUUUCUGCAUUCCUUAGUUGAAAAUGAUUCAGUGCAUGAAGUAUUUCAGACCGCAAAUAAUUCCCUAAAGUAAACGUUUCACAUUUUUAUAAGAUAAUCUUAGUGCAUCUUGUUACAAAACAAGCAAAAUACCAGCCCUCCACAAUUUAAGGCAGACUUCAUAUAUAUGCAAUUAAGCUCGUGAAAACAUGUUAGCUAUCAGUUCCUUUUGAUAAGAAAACAGCUUACAUGUUUUGCACAGAUUGUAAUCCCCUGAAAAGCAGGAAAGUUUCUGAAAUUUUUCUGAUUAUGUAUAUAGCAGUAAUAAAUAACUUUGCACAAAUAA